AUGGAGGCGCACUUAUUUGUUCCAGCACUGAUAGCGGGGGCAGCUGCUCGGAAGGAGAAACACCGUACUGUUCUUCGGAAGAAGAUUCUGGCAUCGGAACAUCGAUGCGCGGAUACUAGAGGGGCUGACUUUGUAUUUGUCCUUGAUCAUCUGUGGCAUGGCGCCGCGGUCGGGGGCAGUCCGGUGACCUGGGAAGACUAUGUGACCUCGCGUUAUGCAGUCAUGCCUUUGGAUGUUGAAAAAGUCCAAAAAACUGGCUCUGAUUUGACUUAUGGUUGGGGUUUGGUGUCGACUAAAUACGGAGGGAUUGCACUGGCAUUCCAGCUGCACGCACUACGACCCAGCGUCAUUGUGGACCAUGGUACGGCAUACAUCCCGUCUGAUCCAGUCCCCAACCGAUCCUCAAAAGGCUGUCUCACGUGUAGACAAAGAAAGAAGAAGUGCGACGAAAGAAAGCCAGAGUGCGAGAGAUGUGCUCUCGGUGGAUUCAACUGUCUGGGCUAUUCCCACCUGAGUGGAUCCAAGGUAUUAUUAUCCAAGCACAGGGAUAAUGAUGCCACACACAGUGCCGGAACUUCAAGCCCAUUAUUUACCCAGAAUGAACCCGCCUCCAAAUAUUCCCCGGAGCAGGACUCUUCUUCGUAUUCGAGUGAUCAGGUGUGUUGGCCAACAACAGCGCCUGAGAACAUCUUUUCCGGCUCUCCCACUCUCGAUGGCGUUGGGUUCUGGCAACAGGAGCAGAGCAACACGUCUAUCUACGAACCAAAGCGUAUACCAAUAAUCCGCAACUGGACCCGUUCGAUCUCGACAGUAUGA